GCUGUUGGCACGCGCUCCCGCCUGAACUUCGCGCAGCUCCCGCGCCGAGGACCGCGCGCCGCGCCAGUACCCCUCCGACCAGCGAUGCUGUGCUGUCUCCGGAAAUAGAAUCGGUGGAUCAGGUGCGCGAGUGUGAGUGCAAAUGACUGAUAGCCCGACAUAACGGGCUUAACUUAACAAAAUGUGGACCAAGAGAUUAAGGUUAUGGAGGUUUAUGUUGUGCAUGUUUUUCGCCGUGUCGGCGCUCACGAUCGCAGCGAGAGCCGAUGACGACGUACCUUCAGAGUCACAAUGCCGUCCAUACAUCGAAAAGGCUCUCAAAAACCUCGAAUCAGGGGACGCGGAGCCAGAUUCCGCAGAAAAAAACGACAGUAGUGAAGUAAGUAUAGAUGACGACACGACUGAAACGCAAUCAGCAGAAGAUGGAGGCGAAGCAGCAGACAGCAAAGAGGACGACGCACCGUCAGUGGAGGUGGCCGACGAGCCCUACGUGGCACAGGGCUCGGUCGAAAACUUAGAAGCCGCCGCGGAUUCCAAAGAAGACGCGACCGAAGAGAAGGGAGAUGACAGCGCUGAACAACAAGACGGAGACAGCAAACAGGACGACGGAGACAGCAAGGAAGAUGCAUCCGCUGAUGAACAAGCAGCCGAACAAGAAAGUGGAGAAGAUAAGGAAGAUAAAGACGAAACCAAAGAAAAUGAAACAAACGAAAGUGAAGAGGUGAAGGAAGGCGAAGAUGAGGAUGACAACAGCAAAGAACAAGUAAGCGAUAAAGAUGACGAUGACAGCAAAGAAGCGGAUCAAGAAACCACUGAGGACGAUAAAUCUGAGGAGGCGUCAGAUGCAUCGGCAGAGGCUAAGGACGGUGAUGACGACGAUAAGACAAAGGAAGAAGACGAUGGAUCUCAAGAAAAGGCUGAAUCUCAAGAAGACAAUGAAACCACUGAAGACGGCGCUGACUCCCAAGAAGUAAAGGAAUCUGAAUCUAAGGAGGAAGAUGACAAACAAGAAUCGGCUGAGGAUAAAGAUGAUUCUAAAGAACAGGAAGACGACGAUCAAUCCGCUGAAGCUGCUUCUGAAGGAGGGGUAGAUGAUAAGUCUGAAGAAGAUACAAAGGAAGACGCUAAGGAAGAGAGCAAGGAAGAAAGCAAGGAAGAGGGCAAAGAUGACAGCAAGGAAGAAAGUAAGGAAGAAGAAGGUGAAAAAUCUGAAGAAGAAACCGUAAAAGAAGGUGAAUCUGAAACGGAAGAAGCUGCAAGCUCAGAAGCUGCUGAAGGCCAAGAGGAGGAAAGUGAGGCCGAGGAAGAGGCGGAAUCUGGAACUGCUGAAGAGAAAUCUGACGAGGAAGCGGAAUCUGAAGCAGAAGAAACUCCUGAAGAUGACUUACUAAAAACUGGAGAAAUCCCCGAAAAUCUACGGUCUCGCCAGCACAUUAACCAAAUCCUCAGGUUAGAUGAGGAAGCUAGCGAGGCAAAAAUCAUCGUCGAAAAGUCGGCUGACAUAGUUCUUAGGGACUUGAAGAAGCUCUACGAAAACUCUAUCAAGCCAUUGGAAGCGCUGUACAAGUACAGAGAUCUGAGCAACCGACACUUCGGCGACCCUGAAAUCUUCUCAAAACCUUUAGUUCUCUUUAUGGGACCAUGGAGUGGAGGCAAAUCUAGCAUUCUCAAUUACUUGACUGGACUAGAGUUCACAGAAUGGUCUCUAAGAACAGGUGCUGAGCCUUCUCCAGCUUAUUUCAAUAUUUUGAUGCACGGUAAAAACCCUGAAGUUUUGGAUGGCACUCAACUGGCGGCUGACUGGACUUUCUCGGGGCUGCAAAAGUUCGGACAAGGCCUGGAAGAGCGUCUUAGGGGACUGAGGUACCCCAGCAAGAUUUUAGAAAAGGUAAACAUUGUUGAAAUUCCCGGAAUACUGGAAGUGAGGAAGCAAGUGUCCAGAGUGUUCCCCUUCAACGACGCUUGCCAGUGGUUCAUCGACCGUGCCGACAUCAUUUUCCUUGUUUACGACCCCUCCAAACUGGACGUCGGCCCUGAAACUGAAGCUAUUCUCGACCAGCUCAAGGGCAGGGAGUCUCAGACACGCAUCGUGCUGAACAAAGCGGAUACGGUCAAGCCCGAAGAGCUGAUGCGCGUCCAAAGCGCUCUGAUCUGGAACAUCUCACCGCUGAUGAGUUCGGCGCAGCCACCAGUGAUGUACACGGUGUCGCUGUGGUCGCUGCCGUACGAGCCGGGCGCGCCGCAGCGCCUGCUGCAGGCCCAGGAGCGCGAGCUGCUGCGAGACCUGCGCCAGGCCGUCGACAAGCGCAUCGAGAACAAGAUCGCCAGCGCUAGGCGGUUUGCGGUGCGCGUCCGAAAUCACGCGAAGAUGGUAGACUGCUACCUGACCACAUACUACAACCACAAGACCAUAUUCGGCAAUAAGAAACUCAUUGCCGACGCCAUCAUUGAGAACCCUCAAAACUACCACAUCUACGAGGGACUCAGUACCCUCACUAACAUCUCAAGGUACGACUUACCAGACCCGGAGACGUACCGAGACUUCUUCCGUCUCAACCCGCUGUACGAGUUCCAGCAGCUGUCGGCCACGUGCACGUACUUCCGCGGCUGCCCCAUCACGCGGCUGGACGUCGCCAUCGCCUACGACCUGCCCGAGCUGGUCGGCAAGUACAAGAAGAUGGUCGAGACCGCCACCCCCCAGGGCAUGCCCAAGAGUUGAUGCGAACGAACGAAACCCGCGCCACACUUAACACCCGCUUUUUAAUUCUAUUGGACACAUUUCUUUUGGGCACAUUUUGCAUUUCUUAAUUGGGCAUCCAAACACAACUUUUUUGUUACAACGCAUUUUGUAUUUAUUCGUAUUAAUUUGCUUAAAUAUUUGCUUGUUCCUAUUUUGCGGUGAGCGACGUGCUGUAUGGUUAUGUGAUUUUCUUCGUGCGUUUAUUAUAGUGGUGAUAGACGGUAAAAUGCAAGACAUCUUCCAGUUUCCUAUUAACACUUUUUAUACAACUCAAAAAUACGAUUUAAUCUAGUCAUUAUGUUAAAGUUUGUUAGUGAAUUUGUUACUUUAUUUAUUGAAGUUGAGGAGUUCCUACUACAUUAGGACUAAUCCCAUGCUACGCGGUCUCUACCUUACUUCUUUGUUAGUUAUAAUGAGACAAUGUGACUAUUUAAGUAAAUAUAAAAUAAAA